AUGAAUCCAGAUCAGCCAUCAAUUGGCGAACGCAGAGGUCGUCGACUUGCGCCCCUACAAACCAAUUUCAGUCGACCAGCUGCUCAAAAACGGGUACAACGCCCUCGGCCAACCGAGUAUUCCAGUACCAAUGGAUCAGAAGGUCCGGUUCCGCUCCAGGCCCCGGUUAAAAGGCAAUCAUCCAAAACGAGUCUGCGUAAUCUCUUUGGCCAUAAGCCUUCGCGCGCAGAUCCCAAAUUGGAGGAGAUUACAGAGGCACAGUCAGAACCUCAAACUGCCAUUCGGUUGGAAACAGCCCUGUCGCCCUCGAUUAUGAGCCCCCGAACUAUAGACUCCAAUCCCACCAUUACCUCCCCGACAAUUACCUCCCCGACAGAACGAUCGCGCAUAACAUUGAAACCCUCCCGUCCGAAACCCGACCCCAAACAUGCGAACCAGGAACAGUAUGGCUGGAAGCCUCCCCCAUUGUUCCAGGCCUAUCCCCAAUCUACCAAGCAUGCCUGUCUCCCGGCACCUGCUCUCUCUGCGGAUUCCAUCUUGCGCCUGCACGCGACCACCGCAAGGAGCUCUACCGACGAUAACCCUGCCAAUCCCUUAGAACAAGAUGAGGCCGCCAAUGCCGCGCGUAAAAAGCGGGAACAGAAGCAGAGGAAGCAUCUCCGGACGCUAUCCGGUACCAUCAACAAGGUGGAUUGGACUGAGAAAAUAUAUGUCCUAGCAACCACUGGUUAUAUCCUCCAAUAUGCAGGCGAAGGAAAGCACGACCGUCUUCCGGAGAGGAUGCUACUGCUAGGGCCCAAGUCUGUCGCAUUUGCUAGUGAUGCUAUCCCCGGGAAACACUGGGUAGUCCAGGUCUCUCACAAUCCAACAGAUGAUGAUUCCGCCGUGCCGGAGCCCCCCAAACCUCGGUUUUCGCGCUUUGGCUUCCACAAACCGAAUACCCGGCGGUUUUCGCGCAACUUUCUUCUGGUGUUCGACAACCCCGAAGAUAUGAUUGGCUGGUUGGUGGCCGUUAGAGCUGAGAUUGAAAAACGAGGAGGACGCAAAUUCACGCAAGAGAAGCACUCGGAUGAAGACACGAUGCCUCAGCUGCGGUCCAAAACAAGCGUUCGACAAAUGAUACAGAAAGAUCCCCAUCGCAUUUCCAGUCUUUUCCUUCAACCCCAGACCCUGCAAUCGCCCACUGAAGAAGUAGAUGGCCAUUCUGUCGGUGCCGCAACAUGGCAAUCUCGCCGCAGUUCAUAUGCGUCAGUUAAUCGUCGCUCAACGGUUGAAUCGCGAUCCGGAUCAGUGUCGACUGGCCGAACUGAGGCCACAAAUCCUACCAACGGUUCUGCUUCGAUCAGGUCUGACAUUCGUUCUUCGUCAUUCACUUCUUCGAAUAUACCCAACUCGCCGCCAAUAGGCACCGGUGCUUUCAGACCUGAUGAGCCUCUGCCGGAAGAGCUUGAUCGAAUAUAUACGCGCAGCCCACCCGCUUCUAGUCAAGGGAAACGUCAAUCCUUAUAUAAGCCCCUGCCACCUCAACCUCCCCCAAUUACCGACUUCACGGAGGAGCCGCAGGCGAAUCACCCGCCGCCUAUUCCCGAAACUCUCAUCCGCAGUGCUUCACCUCCAGCGCCUAAUUUCAGUGUCCCCUCGUUUAGCAAGAAAUUCGUUCCGAGAUCGGGGCCGAUCCCUAUUUCUCAUGCCUCUCCUCCCUCGUCAAUUAAUGGGUCUGCACGCCGCGCCGAGACAGUCCCAAAUAUGUCUACAUUUGCAUCUCCCCCACAAUCCCCGACAUUCAGCGUCGCCAGUUCGCGCUACACAGAUUCAUCCGAGCCCAGGCGGGUACUACGACCCUCAAAUUCAGAGGAUGCACUGGCCAAAACCAUCCGUCCAAUGCAGAAUGCCCAAAGCUUCUCCCGGGCGCCCAUAACAGCGCCUCCUACAGGACCUCUGCCUGAUCCAACAGCAUCUUCCCACCCAGUCAGUCUGAUCGGCCGCUCGAGUUUGAGUCGGAAACCCAUCAAUGCAACCCAAGUCCAACCUGCUCCUCCACCGACAAACCCAAUACCGCGCAAGAGAGUCUCCACUAUAUACCCAGACAACCAAGCUGCUCAGAGCAUGUUACGCCGCAAGAGCAUGCCCGGUCUUGGUUUAACAAGCGGGCCCCCAUCUGCACCACCCCCCAAUUGCCCACUCCCUAAACUCCCCUCCCCCGCCCCUCCUAUCGCCAACACCACCACCCCUGCUACUUCCACCGGCACGACCGCCCCACAGAUGCUAUCACCCUGGUCUCCAACGUCUCCAACGCAACGGUUCUACGGAUCCGAGCCAGUGCGAGAUCACGUCGAAGAUCGGAAGAGCGGUGCCCAUACCCCAAGCAAUAAUCCAGCAAGCAAUCUCCCACGAACUGCUCGGCAUUCGAAACUGAUCAAGAGUCCCCUGGUCUAA